CAGCAAUACCGGCAAUGGAAACAACGCACGAUAAGCGGUAUUCGGUGGAAGACACAGAAAGCAUGUGGAAAACGUUGGUGGUUACAUUUACCGACAUCGUCAACGAUCAUGGAUCACAUCUGGAAAAGAUUCUAAACAUGAUUCGGACGGAUAUUACAUACGAUGAUCCCGGUCUUUUCCCGAGGACGCUCUUAACGGAUGCUGAGCGACAGAGCUGUCGUAGUUUCAUUUAUUGGCUGAUGUACCAGCUUCUUAGAAUAGCUUCGUGCGAAGCCUAUGAAAGCAUUGCAGACAUAUAUACCAGCUUGCAGAAGGAAAUAAUUAAGGCAUGCUUCAUCAAGCAACGGUGGUUAGCCCUGGAAAUUACAACUGAGUUUAUCAAGCUCUUGGACAAAAUGAAUGAUUAUCAAACUGAUUGUAACGAUACGGUUGACACUUUUUAUCAUGCAUUCAACAACGCCACCAUACUGGGAACAGAAUAUAAGUGUGACACAGUAGAGAUCAACAGCAUGGUCCGCUGCCGUAUGAUUCGCAAGCAUUGUUUACAUGCCAUAACGGAAUCCAUGUCCCUGAUAAUUAACCAGCAGAAUGAUGAAUCAUUCGGAAUCGUAAACGGAAGCAUGUGCACAAUUUUGAAAACGUUAUCAUUGGGCAACCUGCAAGAGAAAGACUUAUGUAUCGCAUUUUUCAAGAUGUAUUUCUAUCAGAAUGAUGAGGCACUAUGCUCUAGCUAUUCGUUGCAGAAAACAUUAAACAUGAUGAGCUUGCUAGCUGUUGCUUUGAAUCGUAUCGGUGCAUGGUGCUCGGGUAGACUGGUAAAUCAACGAGAAGUCGACACAUUUUUGCGCACAGUAACAGAUCUUUACACUGUAAUGAAUACGAAGCACAUUUCGCCCCCGGUUGAACAAGAAUGGACACACAAAAUAAGCACUGUUCUGAUGGAGUUGCUACGUAGCAGCAAAAACUACCAAACAUCUGAAGGAAUAAGGAUGAACGAACUGCAACUACACAAAUUAAAUCAUGAGAUGCUAACAUUCCGAGGGAAGCUUUGCCCAUCAUUACCGGAUAUCGGAUUUAGUUUUAUGGACUUGAUCAAUUGUGCCGGAAUUGUGGACUUUGAAGAGUUAGUGGCGACACAAAUUGCAAAGCAAAUCAAUAGCGCACUAUCUAGGGUCCACAAUCAAAGUAAAGUAGAUCUCUCCCGCAAAAUAUCCAUUCGUCUGGUGAGCAGUAUAUGGGAUAACCUGUUCGAAAAAGUCACCCAAAACAACAGUCUCUUAGAGCGCGCUCUAACAGUGGCCAAUAAAGUCAUCUAUAAAGUAAGCAAUCGUAAGAAGAAUAACGCCACUAUCGUCAACGAUCGCUUGGAGUUAGAUGGUCAACAGUUUCUGUUUUUCGAAUCAAAACUUUCACUCCUGGAUGCAGCGUUCGUGAUGGAAAAAUUCGUCGAAAAGCAGGAAGAUCUGCUCAAUGUAGUGGUUGGCAUAAUUCAUGUAACCGAUUGCCAAUCGCUAAGCGCAAGUCAGCAGCAUGCAUUGCUCCAAACCCUGUUUGCCCCAUUUGAAAAAAAUGCUCCCAGUAACGACAAAAACCCGAAGCCUCGAUGGAACUCCGAUAUGAACAGUGCACUUUGCCAUUACGCUUUGCAACAGCUGUGUAAAUUGCAAAUCGAAAAUCUGCACGACGAAAUAGUAGACAGCUGUAUCAAGGGACAACUUAUCUCACUUCUGAUGUUCAUUGCCAAAUCAAACGAUUGUAUAGCAAUGAAACGAACACUUCUACAUGCCUUUCAGCGUCUGGUUUUGUCUUCCAAACUGGUGCUGAAGUUAUUGUUUGAUAACGUGUUUGUACCACUGCUGGCAACGGAUUACGAUGAAACGAUGCUGGUGGAUAUGAUUGGAGUGCUAAAUUUGUUUUGCUGCAUUUGUUCGGCUAACGACGAGAGUUUCUGCGUAAACCAGACAUCAGAAGAUCAACGUAGCUUUAAAUGCAGCGAAUGUUGUCAACAACGAAUAUCUGCCGCCCAUCGUAAAGAUUACCACGUUGCAACAGCUUCAACACAGUUGGUGUCACAAGGGAAACGAAUUGAUCUGGCAUGCCAUAUGCGCGACGCGCUAAGAAAAACUUUCAAUACAAAGGAAGAAACAGUACUAUUGGCUUGGUCGAAUUUUCUCCCUAGCGCAUUGAAACAUUCGUUUGAAUGCAUGGUGGAUGAUGGUGAGAUACUAUCAUUUUGGAUGAGUCUGUUUAAAAGCAAUUCAACGAAAGUAUGCCAACAAAUGAUCAUGCACAUUCCAUCGAUCAUACAAACACUUGCUGCCAAAUUAAUUAAUGAACCGGAUCGGCACGGUAAGUGUAUAAAAGACUUGAUCGAGCAGUUGUUGCUAGCGACAAAGCAUUGCAUCAUGACGAAAACCACGUAUUCCCACCAAAUGGUUGUGGUCCGUAUGAUUGUGGAGUUUUCAGACGCCCAUUACCAUGCCACAGUGAAGAAUGGAUCGAACGACUCUAAGGAAACGUUGUUUCACUGCGUGCGAAUCAUGAUUUUCCUACUAAUGCAUCCAGAAUCACACGUAACGCACGAAGCUUCGAUUGCGAUCGCGGAAAUGUGCGCAAGACAAGACAUUAGCCCUUGGAAAAUCCUUUCCUGGUAUCGUCACGACAUAAUCAAACAAAUGAUGGGCCUUGCCGUUAGCAAUUAUAUUCUUGCCGGAAUUACUCUACACCAGUCGAUGAACAACGUGAGCCACACUUUCGAAUGUAGAGAUCCGGUUGAUUUUGUGGGCAAACAUUACAAAAUCAUUAUGGCAAUGCUGUUACCCUGGUGUCUUCGGUUACAAAAGUGCGACGAUUUAUUGCGGGAAGUAGCCAUCAUCGUGCGGAAAGAUUUGGUAGCAAUGUUAUCUGUAUCCUUUCUAACGAUAUACACCUAUCUGUUUAUCACCGAGUCCGUAGAAAUCACUAAUAACUGCAUCGAGUACAUCAUGAAGCUUACUGGCAACAGCUUUUUUCAUUUGCUGCAUUCUGAUAUUAAGCGAACAGUAUCUGAAGUUCUAAUCUACUACCACAUCAAUCCAGAGUGUGUGAUGCACGCAUUUCGCAGCUUACUCUCCAAGGACAGCGAUAUUGACGAGGUAUCAACGGCACGGAUUGCAGAAUACAUUGCCGAACGAUUUCUUGGCGUGCUAGCAAAUCUAGAAGCAACACUGGUAAAUCCCGACGGAGAAAAGUUCCUGAAACGCUUGGCGCUGCUGAGUCUCGGUGACAUUAUUCGAUUGCUCGGCGGUGAACACAUAACACCGUUUCGGUUCAAAAUAAUUGCUGUGCUUCGAACAGCGCUAGCUUUACCGGAAGAAACAGCACUGACCAAACUAUGCGUAAAUACGUGGCGUAUAUUCAUAUGCACAGUCGACGUGCGUCAGUUAGGUCCGCUGCUAAGUACAAUUUUCGUGACCCUGGAACCAUUGCUUCUUGCGUACCCGGAUAAUAUUGGCUAUAUCUUUCGGUAUUUGGUUAUAGAAAACAAUAAUUUGCUGGGAAAUAAUCUUGGCGAUCUGUUCUUUCUCGAGGACACAAAUGUUGCGCACGAUAUUAAAGCGAUUGUGGCGUGUCGCAUUCCGAAGCACGACAAUAUAGAUGGAACCGAUCGAUUUGUGCUACGCCUGGAGGAGCUGAUUAGACACUGCAAUCACGAGAAUUUGAAGAUACGAGCAUACGCGCUCGCCUACCUCUGUCGACUGUGCGAAACGAACCGGGCAGAGAUAAAUGAAGCUAUUCUGGGCCAGCAUCAAAAUAUGGGACUUGGCCCCAUAGCCACGAUGGUAGAAACGUUGAUACGUGGGCUGUGUGAGCAAGAUACAAUCCUGCAAGAAAGGGCCGCCGAAUGUCUUGGAGAGCUGGGCGCCCUUGCACCCAGCCAUUUACCACCCAAUUAUGCCCCGACGGGAUUAGGAUUCGCGCUAAGCAUUCAUUCUGAUUGUUUUGCCAUUAUCGCACUACGAGAGUUGUGCCGAGCAUACCAGCGGCAGAAGGAUUCUAAAUUCGUAGACAGUUUUUCGCUCGCAAUUCAGGAAAUUUUGAACGAAAGAGGCGUUUCCCCAGCGGCAGACAAAAAGCGGGAAGUGUGGGAAACCAUCCCGGAACGCUUGCGCCCGAUUAUGGAACCGUUGCUAACGUCCUGCUACACUACGGUAUCGCGAGCAUCCCUAUCGAUGGUGCAUCCGGUGUUUAACAAUAUUCAUUCAAGUCACGAAUGGUGUUACCAAUGGGCGUCACAAAUGAUCGAAGGCAUAACAUGCGAUGCCACGCGCAAUCUGCUGCGAGCAUUCAAGCCAAGCUUGCGCUGUGAUAGAGGAACUCUACUGAUGAUGCUACCAUACGUAUUACUUCAUGCACUACAGCUAAGCAGUGGAACCGAGCCAAGAAAUCGAAUAGCCGAAGAACUGCAUACCGUGUUCCUCGCAGCCAUAGCUCAUGCCGAAAAUGUUCCCACCAUCUCGGCGGCAGUAGAGGAAAGAAACAAUAUGGAAGAAAUAGCCGCCAGUACUGCAGUCGACUCAAUUGUUUGCAUCACUCCAGAACAGCAAGACACUUCCAGCAAGGAACUAGCGUUGCAGUGCGCCAAGUAUGCCUUUGGUUUGUUUGAUUUUCUUGAACGAUGGAAACGGCAACAUCUUAAGCAAAACGUUGCGGUUAGCAAUAGUGCUCAAGAAAACCAACACAAUUAUGAUGUGGUUGAUGGUUUUCUGAAAAACUUUGACGCUGAUCGACUCGCGCAGGUCAACUUCAAAUGUCAAGAGUAUGCUAGAGCCCUGCAAUAUGUAGAGUACAGCUUAACCGGCGAAGAUAAGGGUAGAAAGCUGCAGGAUAAAUUAUCAUUCUUGAGUGAAAUUUUUUCCCGCCUCGGUGAUUCUGAUUCGGUUGAAGGAGUGAUGGCUUUGAAAGCGACCGAGCCAACGCUACAUGAGCUAAUCCUUUACCACAACGCCACCGGACGGUUACAAGAGGCCGUUGCAUGUUACGAAAGAUUACUGCAGUUGACCAAUGUGGAAGAGCAAGCGCUUAGUCUCGACUACGUGAAUAGUAUGAUUGAGUGUUAUCUACGGCUUGACCAGCCGGAAACUGCUCUACUGCUAGCAGAAAGCUUACUUGUUCGAUUCCACGAUACUGCACUACAUAAACCGUUGCUGGACAUACAAGCUGAACCAUUAUACCGACUGGGAAGAUUUGAAGAGCUCGAGGAACUAAUCGUUCAACGUCAGGCCGACCAGUUGAGUGGAGCCAUCGAUGGUGAAGAGCGGCACUGGGGAGUAAUUUGCGGUUCACUGAUAAUUGCGUUCCGACAGUCUCACUAUGAAAAAUUCAACACCGAAAUAGAACGUGCCAGGCUGCAUGUGGUACAAGGCAGCUGCAGUGAACGUAUCAGCUCUCGCCCAUUAGAUGAACAGCUGGGCACAUAUGAGAGUCGCUAUGACCAGGUGUUAAAGUUGCACAUUAUCCAUGAGUUUGCCAAGUGUGGUCGUAUAAUGCAGAAUCUGCGCUCUAUGCAAUACAGUACGGACGAGGGAAGCAAUAUGGCAACCACUCUGUACGAGGAUGUUCAGAAUCUUGUGAUUAACCUGAACAACAGGCUUGAGGUAUUGCAGCCGAAUGCAACCACAAUAGAACCAAUCAUCAGUUUGAGGCGUAUACUGCUGAAAGAAAUAAGCCGCACCAUAGAUACGAUCAAGUGGCAAGGGAACGACAAUGAGAAUGGCGUAAAAGAACUUCGUCAACUGAUUGAUCAGACCAUCGGACAGCUUUGGAUGAAGAGCACGGAACUAGCAUCGCGAGCCAAUAUGUACCAGCAGGCACUGCUGUACAUUCUGCACGCGGAAAGCUAUCGACCUCCGGAUCUUUUCAUUAAAAAUGCGAAACUGCUGUGGGAUCGGCGUGAUGUGACGGGUGCGCUGAAAGUUCUUGAACGUGGAGUCAACGAGAUACUUGGCGAUGUGGCGUCGGGUACAAUAGAUGGGAACAAUUUGAAAGCUAUACCAAAAGAUCUUCGCUUGAUAUAUGCGGAAGGGAAGCGCCUGAUUGCGACGUACAAUGCAGAAGCUUCAAAUAUAUCAGCAACGCUUAAUAGGCGCUACUUCAAGGAAGCGCUUGAUGCAAAUCCGGAAAGUGAAAUUGCGCUAGUACAGUUGGCUCAGUACAUCGACAAGCUGUACAGUUCGUGUCCUGCCAGCGAGCAGAAUUCAGCAAACUGUUGGGAAAUGAUGUUCGAGGUAAUGAAAUGUUACGGAAAAUCGAUGAUGUUUGGAUCGAACUACAUCUAUCAAUCGAUGCCACGGGUUCUCAGCAUAUGGCUCGACUCCACCGCCAAAACCAUGCAAAAAUCGGAAGAAGCGUCGAGCUCGGCUACCAUGAUUAGUCGCAAAAUCGCACUGUCCAUGAACAAGUUGGCCAACAAAUUUAAGGACACGUUAUCACCAUACUUUUUCUUCACCGCUUUUUCCCAGCUAAUAAGCAGAGUGGCUCAUCCAUCACAGGACACAUUCCAUGUACUGAAAGGGAUAAUUGUGAAAUUGUUGCUCAACUACCCGCAGCAAACGCUAUGGAUGAUGCUUAGUGUUUACAAAUCAUCGUACACCAACCGUGUCCGGCGAUGCGUGGAGAUAUUUAAUGAUCGCCAGUUACUCCAGGUGGAAGAUAUGCAAAAGUUGAUAAAAGACUUCAAUGCCUUGGCUGAACGUUUGAUCGAGCUUACCAACAAAGACAUCCCCGGGCCGGCUAGAAGCAUUAAAAGUAGCAACCCGAUCAAAAUAACAGUUUCUUCGUUGGUAAAAGCUUUGCCCAAGCUGUUGGCUGAUAAAAACUUUUCCACCGUCAUAAUUCCCAUCGAAAAGUGCAUGCAACUGGUGCUGAAUAAGAACACUGGAAUGAACUUUCAGCCAUAUCCGACGAAUACAAUUUAUAUUGCCGGCAUUGAGGAGGAGCUGACGGUGUUAUUCUCGCUCCAGAAGCCGCGGAAAAUUACACUUCGUGGACAUAAUGGUAAGCUGUACACAAUGAUGCUGAAGCCUAAAGAUGAUUUACGAAAAGAUUUUCGUUUGAUGGAGUUCAAUGCAGUAGUGAAGCAAUACCUGGCCCAGGACCCCGACGCAAAAUUUCGCAGACUGUACAUACGCACGUAUGCCGUGUUGCCGCUAAAUGAGGAGUGUGGUAUAAUUGAGUGGAUAUCGAACUUGAACCCAUUUCGCAGUAUCGUAUGUACAUACUACAAACAGCGCGGGCUAGGAAUGACUGUGGCCGAGCUGCGCAAGUUUUCGUUCGAGCGUACCGAUCCGCUGGCAAAGAAACGGCAAGCGUUUGAGUCUAUUCUCGUCCCUCGUCAUCCGCCACUGUUUGGGGAAUGGUUUCGAGACUGUUUCCCCAAUCCCAACAACUGGUUCCAGGCACGCUCGUCCUACAUCAAGACUACCGCAGUCAUUUCAAUGGUUGGCUACAUUUUGGGGCUGGGCGAUCGACAUGGUGAGAACAUUCUGUUCGAUUCAUCUAACGGCGAUACAGUGCACGUAGAUUUCAAUUGUCUGUUUAACCGCGGAGAAACAUUUACAAUCCCAGAGUUGGUACCGUUUCGGUUAACGCACAAUAUGGUCCACGCUAUGGGACCACUAGGAGUGGAAGGACUGUAUCGUCGAUGUUGUGAAAUAGUUUUGAGAAUAUUGCAAACGCACGCGUCAACCUUCAUGUCUGUGUUGAAGCCGUUUGUGUACGAUCCCAUGGUAUCGUGGAGUAAGGUUGGCAAUGCCAAUUUGGGGCAAGGUGAUCCGAACAGCCGGGAUAACUACGUCGAACGAACGGAUCCCCAGGCAAUGCAUAAUGUGUUGAAUAUCGAGGAAAGACUAAAAGGAUACGUGAAAAUCAAGGGCAAACCAUCACACAUGCCAUUGUCGAUCGAAGGUCAGGUAGAUCAUCUGAUCAAAGAAGCCACUGAUAUAGACAAUCUCGCGCAAAUGUACAUUGGCUGGUCUGCAUAUACGUGA